AUGUAUGUACUUGUCCGUAUGUACUCUGUAUGUACUUGUCUGUAUCUGAAUUGUAUGAGUAUCAAGCUUCGCACUGGAUGUUUUUGCGCCAUGUUUUUUGCACCCAGCCAAAAACCGCCCAAUUCGGGGCAGGCCAGAGUUCCACCGGACGGAAAUGAAUUGGCAAAGGUGAACAAACAGAAAGAAAUACAAACGAAUAAUCAAGACGCUGGGUUUGGCCGAGAGAAGGCCCGUACGAGAGAAGAAUUUGAGCUGAAGAAACUAGAGCUGGAGAAACUAGAGCUGGAACCGAUUUACGCUAGCUUUGAGAUGCAAGGAGGAAGAACUAAAGGUAAAGGUGGAAGGGGUGAAGAAAGUCAUGGAAGUAAGUGUAAGGAUACAAGUGACGAAAGCAGAAACACGAUCAAGCAACACAAUGACAGUUCUUACACAGAGAAACAUCACUACGCCGAAAGCGAAAUUAGCGACUUGGAUCUUUCAGGCUUGGGUGGCGGCAGAGUGGUCUCCGCAGACAAGAGAGAAGCUGAAGAAAGCCAGGCCAUAGGUGGUGAAGAAACCCAACUGCGCCGGUCUUACUUUGAUCGGCAGAGCACCACAAACAAAGAGUGGAAUGCGGAGGAAAACCCACAGGCGACCCUUGGGAUACUCGAAAUCUCAACAAGCAGCAUUCCCAAAGCAAACACCGUAAGUAUAUUGGGAAAGAUAGACUUUGGCGAUACCCUUCCAGAGUCUAAAGUUUCUAAAAAUACGCCCGUGCCUGGAGCCCAUGGUUGCCACGGCGAGAACACAUUGAAGGCAGAAGCAAAGGCGGAAACCAGCCACGGCGCCAUUCCACUUCCAGCCAGCACCAUUCCACUUCCAGCCAGCACCAUUCCACUUCCAGCCAGCGCCACCACAUCCAAGCCAGACACCAUUUCCAGUCUUUCCAACUCCGCCAACUUCCCCGCCUCCGCCAACCUUUCUGCGCUCGCCAAUUCUGCACGUUCAAACCCCACCGCCAACCCUCGUUCCACAGAGCUUGCCAACUCGGCCAAUUUCCCCGCGUCCGCCAAUCUCUCUGCGCUAGCCAAUUUAUCAGCAGGAACUUCAGGCAACUCCAACAGCGCUCAAUGCUCCGGGUCUCCUGACUUGGCCCAGGCCGACUCGCAAGCAAAGUCACUGAUGCCGUUGGAUUCGCCAGAUGCGGGCGAUGCCAGCAAUGCCAGCAAUGCCAUUGUGGGCGUCGAGGGCGCCCAAGCGGGCGCCUUGCGUCUUGUGCGCGAACUCGCGGCGUCCGAGCUAACUUUUGUGGCGGGCUUGCGUCUCUGGGCCAAUCUUGUGCUCGACCCGCUUGCCGCGCGCUGCAGACACCUCGGAAUCUCGUGCGCGCCGCUCCUCCAGCACAGGGCGACCGUGCUCCACAUGGCCCGGAUCCACCAGGCGUUUUGCUGCGAGCUCGAACAUUCCACGCCGGCUCGGGCGGCGGCGGCGCUUGAAAAACUUCUCGGCGACCCCGUUUACUGCGCGUAUCCGGGAACGGCGCAUGCCGUGGCGUCGCUCAUUGCGCGCCGAAUCGCGCCGUUCGACACCGACUAUGCGUCUUGCAUCGGGCGCUUUUUGGAGCGGCACCAGCCGCCGCAUCGCCACUUGGACUUGUCGCCGGGGCUGUUUCUCUCGCAGCCCAUUCUGCGCGUGGCCCGCUACCGGCUUUUCCUUCUUGGUUUGGCGGCGCUCGAGCCGCAACUGCAAUGUUUCUCGCGGGCGCUCGAGGCGUCGACGGGGCUUUUGGCGCGGGCCAAUGCGGCCGCCGAGCGAGACGCUGCGCGCGCGCGCUUUCUUGUGCUCAUGGACGAGCGCAUCGACUUUGGGCGCACGGGCUUCUGCGCUGCCUUCUUUGGCGCGGUGCGGUGCGCGGCGGCGCCUGAAGUGGCGUGGGUGGAGGCGGGCGCCUUUGGGCCGCGCGCCGUGUUCCCGCGCCGAAUGAGACUCUACAUCCACGCACGGCACUUUUUGGUGACGCAGAUAAAGGGCGGUGCCGAGCGCAUCCGCCUCAUCGUGCCCAUCCGCAACUGCCAACUCUGCCCGCUGGCUCUGAAACAGGAAGGGCUCUGGACGGCAAGUCUGCGGGCGCUCAAGAUCUUGUUUGCGCGGGGCGCGGCGCGCCACGAAGUUUUGUUCGCAGGCGCCUCGCACCACGAGCUGGCGGAAAUCAGGCGCUGCUGCGGCCACUUUUCGCAGGAGCCCUUGUCGCCCGAGGCAGAGCCAGCCAACGACAUUGUGAUAGGGCCGCGGUUGGCCCAGGCGUACGGAGCGAUAUGUGUGGUUUUGGAGGCGGAAAGUUAG